CGCCGAGCUGCUGCUCUGGCCCAGUGAGGACGUGCUGGCGCGCGCGGGUAUGCCGCAGCUUACGCCGGAUAACAAAAUAGGUCCGGGCGAAUACGGCUGCCACCGCUGCGACGCCCGUUUUGAUGCUCCACACGUCCUACGAGUGCACCUGUUCCUAUCCUGUAAGACACCUUCAGCUCUCCUCUUCCUCUCCGCCUUAAUACACGCCACAACUACACCUUUGGAUCUGCGAAGCGCGUUCCGGCCUUAUACGACGGUUUCGCCGACGCCAACUUUGGCGCCGGCGGCGUUGGAGGCGCUCGCGACGGCGUGGGGCCGCGGCGCGGGCGGCGGCGCCGGCCACGCCUGCGUGUACUGCGGGAGACUCUACUCGCGCCGCUACGGUUUAAAGAUCCACCUCCGCACGCACACCGGUUACAAGCCCCUGCGAUGCCCGCACUGCCGGCGCGCGUUCGGCGACCCGAGCAACCUGAACAAGCACGUGAAGCUGCACGGCGCGGGGCGCGGCGGCGGCGCGCACGCGUGCGGCGCGUGCGGCAAGCUGCUGGUGCGGCGCCGCGACCUCGAGCGGCACAUGCGCGCCCGCCACGCGCGCGCCACGCCCCCGUGCGAGGUCUGACGCAUUCCGAGCGUGUAGUGGUUGGUUGGAAAGCAAAUUGUUUUGAGCCCCUACCAAUAUCAAGAUAAUUUUGAAUCUUUGGAAGAAUUUUGGUUGUUAGUGUCGUGUAGUAUGUAGAUACUAUGUAUGCUUGACAGGCCGGGUUUGCAUUAUGACCAGUGUCAGUGAUGAAUCAAUUCUUAGCUACAUUAGCUAUAGGUACCGUGACUUAACUAAUGAUGAAGGGAUGACUUUGAACUGUGAUAGAGAGCGUAGGUUUACAUUAAAAUUUUUAGACAUGGUUAGAAACGAUAUUCCCUUAAUAUUUAUUUAAUUUAU